AUGCUCCUCCUCCUCUCCGUGCUGAUCCUGCUCACACAGCCCCUGGGGUACCUGGAAGAAGAAGUGAAGACCUGUUCCCAGAAUACAGUCAUCAAUGGCUGCACCCUGGUCAUGUGUGGCUCCGUGAAGAAUGACCCGAUUGAAGGUAAUAGACAAAACAGAAAAGAGGGCUCCUAGAAUGAACAGGGUGAUCCAGGUCUGCCAGAAUCAUCAGGAUGUGCAGGAAUUCCUGGGCCAGCUGGCCCAGUUGGGCCCAAAGGAGACAAUGGUUCUGCUGGAGAACGUGGACCAAAGGGAGACUCUGGACCACGUGGACCUCCAGGACUUCCAGGUGCACCCGGUCCAGCUGGAAGAGAGGGCCGCUCAGGGAAGCAGGGUGACAUAGGACCUCAAGGAAAACCAGGCCCUAGAGGAGAGGCUGGACCUAAAGGUGAAGUAGGUCCCCCAGGCAUGCAGGGGUCUACAGGGUUAAGAGGCCCCACAGGCCCUCAAGGAGAGAAAGGUGCCUCUGGUGAGCGUGGAGCCCCUGGAAGUACUGGAGCAGCAGGGCCUGCUGGAGCUGUGGGCGAACAGGGAACUCCAGGUGUGGCGGGACCACCAGGGCCAAAGGGAGACAGAGGUGUUCCUGGAGAAAGAGGAGCCAAGGGAGAAAGUGGACUUCCAGGCAUCAUUUCUCUGAGGCAGCAGGUAGAGGCCUUACAGAGACAGGUACAAUACCUUCAGGCUACCUUCACUCAGUAUAAGAAAGCUGAGCUCUUUCCCAAUGGUCGAGGUAUUGGAGAAAAGAUCUUCAAGACUGGAGGCUUUGAAAACUCCUUCAAGGAUGCACAGAAAGUGUGUGAACAGGCUGGUGGGCAGCUGGCCUCCCCACGCUCAGCAGCUGAGAAUGCCGCCUUACGAGAGCUGGUCAGCACUCAAAACAAAUCUGCUUUCCUGAGCAUGACUGACAUCAAGACAGAGGGAAAGUUCAUCUAUCCCACAGGGGAACCCCUGGUCUAUUCCAACUGGCAAAGAGGAGAGCCCAACAACCAUGGUGGGGAAGAAAACUGUGUGGAGAUCUUUACCAGUGGCAAGUGGAAUGACCAGAAUUGCAAUAAGCAGCGGCUUGUGGUUUGUGAGUUCUGA